UAUUUCCGUCGUCCUAAUUUAGACGUACCUUCUUUGACUGUAAAUUGUCCCUCGUGCUUCUUCUUUUCCUAUCCAAAUGAGCUCUUAACGACAAGAUAACCAAUAAACCUCUGACUCUGAGAUUACCCGUGCAGAGUGAAAAAGAUAAUACAGAGAUAAAAAUAGCCAUCGUUACAACAAGUUCUGGGAACUUGGCCGCGAGCGCUUUACUCGCGACUGGAAAAACUGCAAACUUCGCUCGAUGAGGACUGACGUUUGAUCGAAAAUCGAGGGGAUAUUAAACCUCCCGUUGCAACAUUGAUCUCGGCUCUGGUCCCAGAAUAUAACGUGCGGAUAGUCAAAGCUGGAGUAGAAUGUGUGAUGGGGUCAAGUCCCCUGAGGAUGUGCUUGGUGGUUUUGGUCGGCUUCACUCUGAGCUCAGAUGAGGUUCUCGCCAAGAAGGUGUUCAAAGGUGAUCAGAACAUCGGAACAGUGCUGUUCGAUCGAAGCGACUGCGGCAAGCACUGCUGGACGAGCGAGGAGUUCACGGUCUUGAACAGUCGGCGAAUGUUCCAGGACAUCCUGCCCAAGGUGAAGGUGAUAGACGCCGAGAACGAUCAGUACAUCGCCCUGCUGAUGGACUACUUCCACAUCUGUCUCGAGUGCGUGCGCAAGCUGUCGAUUGGAAAGACGAAGCACCUUCUGCUGAAGGCACUGGCAGACACGAUGGGUGGCUACCUUCACGUCUACGUGCUGCCGCUUACCAGACGCUCGUACUACGCCGGAAACAUUAAGUACCGGAACGCCAAGCGGCUUUUCGAGCUCUUCGACGAGCUCAAGAACUUCCUGCACACGAACGGCGUCGGCUGGCUAAAGCCCAGCCUUAACAAGAAGCACGUCAAGACACCACCGAUCGUCAUUACACCGCCUCAGAGUUCCGUUUCCUGCGAUGGACUGAUCACUUACCCUGCUCGUGCAGAUUCCAGUUCCGGUCAAGGUGAGGUCAGCCGUCCGAACCCGUCGAAGAGGAAGAGGUACAUUCAGCGUCGAAGGAGGACCAGAGGUGCCGGGGGAUCUGGUCCAGUCACUGUGCCGCUGCCUUUUCUGGAUGACGAAGUGAACCCGAACAGCAUAGCCCUGCCGUUCAAGACGGACACUCUCCAAUCUCUUUACUGCGAGCAGUCGGCCUUUUCUCUGGUAAAAUACUACGUGUCUAGUGUAAAGUGCAUCGUCUCGCGUUCGAAGACGAAAUUCGAACUGCUCAAAUUCAACAAGGACAUGUUCGAUUGGCUCCAACAAUCGGUAAAUCCUCACUUGGAUGACGAAAAGUGGUAUCCAGCCUUCGGCGGGGUCAUGAGGGUUAUUUCCUCGCUGAAAGAGACAGGGCUUGGGGACGAAGGCGACAAGAUCAAGCAGGGCGGUGAUUACCAGAUGAUGCCCAAGGUCAAGGCGUCGACUAAAUCCCCCGAAGAAGAGGGUGCCCCUCCUCUGUACAAGGGAAAGAUAUCAGGUAACGACGAUGGUAACGGCGUAACAUUCGGAACGACCGAAUUGAUCGUCAUCGCUCUGGCCGGUGCUCUGCUCAUGUGGCUUCUGAUCGGUAUAAUACUGGUCUGCUACCGAUUCCUGACCAGAAACUCGGAAGAAUGUCCUCCCUGCGAAUCCCCCGCCAACACUCCCGUAGCGGUGCUUUAUGAAAACGCGGAGUACUGUGUUCCCGAGUGUCCCAGCAAACCCUCGAAACGGGGUCUUGGCCGACGUCUGGCCGAGUGGUGGAAGAAGAGGUUCGGUCCCUGCGAAGGUGGCUGCGAUGACGAGGACGAGGAACGGUGCCUGGCUGCGAUCAGUUACAGUAGCAAGGACACCAUCGACGUUACCAACAGCACUAGCAAGUCCUGCACUAAGAAAUGCUACAACUCGUUCAAGUCUCCGUCCCAGUCCGUAUCUCCAAGAGGUUGCGUGUCCUCCAGGUCAAAGACCGGCUACACUUCGGACUCUACAAGCAAUUCCGAAGUCGAGAGGGCAAAGUCUCGUUAAAUGGAUAAUCGUGCGGACGAAGACCGGAAAUGGGGUAUCAACGAUGACGAAGAUAUCUUCUGCAGGAUAUUAUUGAGCCUGAUUUUGAUCCUGCCUAAUCGGUACUGCCGAAGAAUGAUUGAUCGCGAUGAUCAUUUUGGUGCUUUAACACCGUGUAACGAAGCGCUAAUCAAUCGUGCAAGCCUCAUCAUCGCAGACGUGGACGUUUCGUCUAAGAUCGCAA